AUGAGUGCGAUUCCGUCCAAAGAAAUCACCACUGCCCAUGUCGCCGGCGUGCGAUUUGGACUGUACACAGAUGACGAGAUAAGGAAGCUUAGUGUGAAGGAGCUAACAUGCCCCAUCGUUUGGGACAAUCUGAGGAACCCAGUGUCUGGUGGUGUCUAUGACCUUGCUCUUGGACCUCUGGAGUCCCUUGGAGCGUGUGCAACAUGUGGCUUGUCGUACCAUGGCUGUCCAGGGCACUUUGGACACAUCAACCUGCCCGUCCCUGUGUACAACCCCAUUUUGUUUGGGUUUCUGUAUCGAAUACUCAAAUGUGUUUGUCUUCAUUGCUUUCAAUUCAAAAUGCCAGCGGUCGAGGUGUCCAAAUUUGCCAAGCGAUUGCGAUUGCUACAUCAGGGCAGUUUGAUGGAAGCCUUGGCAGUUGAUGUGCAGAAAUCUGUCAAGGAAUUCAGCAAAAGUCCAAACUUCAAAGGUGGUGGGGACAGUGUGGAGAAAUUGGCGAAUGGUGGAAUCGGGGAUCAGCCACAACGACUAGAGUCACUAAGCUCCCACGUUAUCGAUGCCAUACAGACAACCCUUGGCGAAUUCGUAAGCCGGAUGACCACAAAGGCCCACUGCGAGAAUUGUGGAGCACAGAACCCCAUCGCCAGAAAAGAGCCGGGCCUCAGAGUAUUCCUGAACUCCCUGACAAACGCCCAGAUCAUGAAGAACCACAGGAAUGGCACCGUGCUGGUAAGCAUCGUCGGUUCAGGCCUUAUAGCACAGGGCAAGAAUGGCAUGCCCCAGUACCUCACACCCCUGGAGGUGCGAGAGAUUCUGAGGAAACUGUGGAUCAAGGAGGCCACGAUCCUGGAGUUCAUAUGCAAAGCCACUCGCGGGAUGGUGGCCUCUGAGGGCCAGGGACCCUGUGGAUACAGGUCACUUUUCCUUCAGGUGGUGCCAGUGCCACCAAACAAGUUCCGGCCAGCGAGUUACGAGAACGGGGUACCCUUUGAGCACGCACACAACGUAUUCUACACAAGGAUCAUCAGCUGCUGCCACGAUUUGAUGGCCUUGGGGGAGGCGAAGGAUGAGAGCAACAUUGAGGACGUGGAGGUGUUCCGAAUGACAGGACUGAGGCAGGGCAUGUCUCUGUGGGCACGGCUGCAGGAAGCCGUCAACAACCUGAUGGACAGCACCACAGCUCCUGCCAAGGGCUUGGGAGACAGGGCCACGCCAGGGAUCAGACAGGUGCUGGAAAAGAAGGAGGGGCUGUUCCGGAAGCACAUGAUGGGGAAGCGUGUCAACUUCGCGGCCCGGUCCACCAUCUCACCGGACCCCUGCCUUGGUGUUGGAGAGAUUGGCAUCCCGCCGUACUUUGCUAAGAAGCUGUCGUUUCCAGAGAGGGUGACACCGUGGAAUGUGGAGGAGCUGAGGCGAUUGGUGGUCCGGGGUGCCUCGGAGCCUGGGGGAGCUGUGGCAGUCGAGGACGAGAAGGGGCGGUUGAUUUCGCUGCAGAAGAUGCCGAGAUGGCGACGAGAGGCCAUCGCGAAGUCAUUGCUUCUUGUGGAGAGCACCGAUUCGUCCACCAUCAGGAGCAGCAUGGGAAGCGACAGAGGCAGGGGCCAGGGCUUGAGGCGAACACAGUCCAAGAUCGUGUACAGACAAGUGAAGGAUGGGGACCUGAUGCUGACCAACCGCCAGCCCACUCUGCACAAGCCAGGUCUCAUGGCCCACAGGGUUCGUGUGCUGCAUGGCGAGAGGACGAUUCGGUUCCAUUAUGCAAAUUGCAAAACGUUCAAUGCUGAUUUCGACGGGGACGAGAUCAACCUCCACUUGCCACAGGAUCAUCUCUGCCGCGCAGAAGGCUAUGGCAUCGUGCACGCUGACCACCAGUACAUCGUGCCAACAGAUGGCAAGCCCCUCCGGGGGCUCAUCCAGGACAGCAUCGACGCUGGGGUGCUCCUAACGAAGAGGGACACCUUCCUGCGGCGGCACGAGUACAUGCAGCUGGUGUAUGUGGGCCUGGCCGCAAAUAAGCGGUGCACAGACGUGUGUGUCCAAAAGGAGGAGCAGGACAACUUUGGCAUGGGAGGGCAGCUGGAUGAACCGAAUGGCGCAGAUGAGGGCGACCUGGAAUUUGAGCCGCCCACUAUAUGGAAGCCGGCAGCGCUGUGGUCCGGAAAGCAAGCCAUCUCCACAGUGCUCACAAAUCUUGUCAAGGGGUUGCCACCCAUCACGACUUCAGGGAAGGGAACGGUGCCUGCAGAGUACUGGGGAGACAAGGACGAGGGCGGCUUCGUCUUCCACAAGGGCUACUACGUGUUUGGCGUCAUGGACAAGGCGCAGUACGGGACCUUUGGCCUCAUCCACGCGUGCCAGGAGCUGUAUGGCAACCAGCUCGCCGGAAGGCUGCUGUCUGCCCUGGGGCGCCUGUUCGUGUUCUUCCUACAGGAGCGAGGCUUCACGUGCGGACUGGCCGACACCCAACUGCUGGCAAAAGCUGAGUCCGAGCGCCAGGAGCUGUUGAACGGGGCGGAGUGGAAGGCGCUGGCGGCCUCUGCCAACGUCAUCGGCGCCGAAGUUCCUGAGGAACGGCCCAAGUCCCGAAAGAGACAGGGCGCCAUGGUGGCGAGUGUGGCCAAGGCCCUGGCGUCGAAAUAUAGGGAGAACGCCGACACGGGGAAGGUCCAUGAUUCCAAUGUCACGGGCCCAAUGCACCAAGUGUCGUCUGCGGUCGUGAAGCAGUGCCUGCCGCACGGCAUCGUCAAGCCCUUCCUGCACAACAGCCUGACCACCAUGACCAUCGCGGGCGCCAAGGGCUCCUUCGUCAACUUCUCCCAGAUCGCGUGCCUGCUGGGGCAGCAGGAGCUGGAGGGCCGCCGCGUGCCACGCAUGACAUCGGGCAAGACGCUGCCGUGCUUCGCGGCGUUCGACCCGGGUGCAAGAUCCGGCGGCUUUGUUGGCGAUCGCUUUCUCACUGGCCUCCGCCCUCAGGAAUACUACUUUCACUGCAUGGCGGGCCGCGAAGGGCUUGUGGACACGAGCGUGAAGACAGCCAACAGCGGCUACCUGCAAAGAUGCAUGAUCAAGAGCAUGGAGUCCCUUCGGGUGCAGUACGAGUACAGCGUGCGCGACGACAGCGACGGCUCCAUCGUUCAGUUCCAGUACGGCGAGGACGCCCUGGACGUCACCUCCAUUCCUUACCUCAAAAACUUUGCGUUCAUGGCCAACAACUGCGAGAGGAUCAAGCAGCAGCUGAGGGUAGACGAGGCCAAGGCGGCUGGGCAGGCGUUCGGGCUAUCAGACGUGGAAAGGGAAAUUCGGCGGACAGCGAAGAAUCGACGCCAGCGGUUGAGAGGGGCCGGAUGUCGCGAUGGGGCAGCCGCAGGAGCGGAGCAGCUGCCUUUGAUGAGCAUCCACCCUCCGUCGAUCAUGGGUGUCACGUCGGAAGCCUUCGACAAGGGCGUGUCGGACUUUCUUGAGGACGACCCCUGCGGCGCAUGGAAGGAAGACGGCAAAUGCGCCGUGACCAAGAAAGAAUUCGAGCAGCUUAUGCAGUUGAAAUACAUGCAGUCGUUGAUACCGCCUGGGGAGGCCAUCGGCGUGAUUGCCGCACAGAGCAUUGGGGAGCCCAGCACACAGAUGACGCUGAACACCUUUCAUAUGGCUGGGCGUGGCGAGGCCAACGUGACACUCGGCAUCCCCCGCCUCAGGGAAGUCCUCAUGACCGCGUCCAAGGCCGUCAAGACGCCCGUCAUGACGAUGCCCUUGAAGGCGGGCGCGCGUGCGAAUGACGGCAGGGUUCUGGCCAAUCGGCUGCGGAGGAUAAAGAUGGCGGAGUGCCUGAAGUCGCUCAAGUUGCAGACGGGCGUGGAGACCCCAGCGUUCUGA